UGUUCUGGUCAACGUUCACUUCUCAUAGCAAAGGCCAGGCUUAAGGAAUUGUGUUUGGAAUGGUUUUUAAAUUGAGACUACAGGGGCCUUUAAACAGCUCAGCAGGUGAAGGCACUUGCUGAAGACUUGCAACCUGAGUUCAGUCCACUUGGUAGGAGGAGAGUGCCAAAUCCUGCUAGUUCCUCCUGCCACCCCCACACAUGUGCCAUGGUGUGUGCAAACACAGUCAAUCAAUCAAUCAAUCGAUUGAUCGAUUAUAUUUAAAUUGAGAUUACAAAGACUUACAAACCAGUAGGGAUGCCUCCGUGACUAUAAUGGCUGCAGAAACUCAACUUCAGACAGGAAAGGUAAUUACCUGGACCUUGAAGUUGAAAAGUUUUCAGCCACAGAAGGGAGCCGCAAAGGUGGCUUGGAGAUUGGAAGUCCUAUGUGACCUUGGCUGUACUACCCAGGUUGCUCUCUUGACCAUGAUUCCCUGCAGAGCGGUGCUGACUUUUGCGCGAUGUCUGAUCCGGAGAAAAAUCGUCACGCUGGACAGUCUAGAAGAUUCCAAACUCUGCCGCUGCUUAACCACCAUGGACCUCAUCGCCCUGGGGGUUGGAAGCACUCUUGGAGCUGGAGUUUAUGUCUUGGCUGGGGAAGUCGCCAAAGCAGAUUCUGGCCCCAGCAUCGUGGUGUCCUUCCUCAUCGCCGCCCUGGCUUCGGUGAUGGCGGGCCUUUGCUAUGCUGAAUUCGGGGCCCGAGUUCCCAAGACUGGGUCUGCGUAUCUGUACACGUACGUCACGGUUGGAGAACUGUGGGCCUUCAUCACUGGCUGGAACCUCAUCCUGUCAUACGUUAUAGGUACAUCCAGUGUCGCAAGAGCAUGGAGUGGCACCUUCGAUGAACUUCUUAACAAACAGAUUGGUCAGUUUUUCAAGACGUACUUCAAAAUGAAUUACACCGGCCUGGCAGAAUAUCCAGACUUUUUUGCUGUAUGCCUUAUAUUACUUCUGGCAGGUCUGCUAUCUUUUGGAGUAAAAGAGUCCGCUUGGGUGAAUAAAUUCUUCACAGCUAUUAACAUCCUGGUCCUUCUCUUUGUAAUGGUGGCCGGGUUUGUGAAAGGAAAUGUGGCUAACUGGAAGAUCAGUGAAGAGUUUCUUAAAAAUAUAUCAGCAGGUGCCAGAGAACCACCUUCUGAGAACGGAACAAGCAUCUAUGGUGCUGGGGGCUUUAUGCCCUAUGGCUUCACUGGAACUUUGGCUGGCGCUGCAACUUGCUUUUAUGCCUUCGUGGGCUUUGACUGCAUUGCAACCACUGGUGAAGAGGUCCGGAAUCCCCAAAAAGCUAUUCCCAUCGGAAUAGUGACUUCCUUACUGGUUUGCUUUAUGGCCUAUUUUGGGGUUUCUGCAGCGUUAACACUUAUGAUGCCUUACUACCUCCUGGAUGAGAAGAGCCCCCUUCCUGUAGCAUUUGAAUAUGUUGGCUGGGGUCCCGCCAAAUAUGUUGUUGCUGCAGGAUCCCUCUGCGCCUUGUCAACGAGGUACAUCUCUUCUUGGAUCCAUUUUCCCAAUGCCUCGUGUAAUCUAUGCUAUGGCGGAGGAUGGGUUGCUUUUCAAAUGUCUAGCUCAAAUCAAUUCCAAAACGAAGACACCAAUAAUUGCUACUUUGUCAUCGGGUGCAGUGGCAGUCUUCUGGGUUCUAUGUUCCCCUUACCCCGCAUUCUGUUUGCCAUGGCCCGGGAUGGCUUACUGUUUAGAUUUCUUGCAAGAGUGAGUAAGAGGCAGUCACCCGUUGCUGCCACGCUGACCGCAGGGGUCAUUUCUGCUGUGAUGGCUUUCCUUUUUGACCUGAAGGCUCUUGUGGACAUGAUGUCCAUCGGCACCCUCAUGGCCUACUCUCUGGUUGCAGCCUGUGUGCUCAUCCUCAGGUACCAACCUGGCCUGUGUUAUGAGCAGCCCAAAUACACCCCUGAGAAGGAAAGUCUGGAAUCGUGUACCUGUGCGACGUCCAAAAGCGAGUCCCAAGUCACCAUGAUACAAGGACAGGGUUUCAGCCUCCGAACCCUCUUUAGCCCCUCUGCCCUGCCCACACGACAGUCGGCUUCCCUCGUGAGCUUUCUGGUGGGAUUCCUGGCCUUUCUCAUCUUGGGCAUGAGUAUUCUAACCACGUAUGGAGUCCAGGCCAUUGCCAGACUGGAAGCCUGGAGCCUGGCUCUUCUCGCUCUGUUUCUUGUUCUCUGCACGGCCGUCAUUCUGACCAUUUGGAGGCAGCCACAGAAUCAGCAGAAAGUAGCCUUCAUGGUCCCAUUCUUACCCUUUCUACCAGCCUUCAGUAUCCUGGUCAACGUCUACUUGAUGGUCCAGUUAAGUGCAGACACUUGGGUCAGAUUCAGCAUCUGGAUGGUGCUUGGCUUUCUGAUUUACUUCGCUUAUGGUAUUAGACACAGCCUGGAGGGUAGUAACCCCAGGGAUGAAGAAGAUGAUGAAGAUGUUUAUUCAGACAACAUUAAUGCAGCAACAGAAGAAAAAUCUGCCAUGCAAGCAAACGACCAUAACCAAAGGAGCCUCAGUUUACCUUUCAUAUUCCAUGAAAAGACAAGUGAAUGCUGAUGCUGGCCCACGGUUUUACCACACGUAGCUUACAAGGAGUGAACUAUGACAGGACGUCACCAUCAUGCUGGGAUGUCAUGGGUUUGCUGCAGAGAUGGUUCACCUAACUUAUAUUUCCCCCUCCAGACAGCUUCUCUUCAGAUGGUGAAUUAUGGGUCUGGGGAAACUGCCUGAGCGCACUCCUCAGCAAUGAGUAUCCCCAAAGUAAUGUGUCUGUGUGCGUACAUGUGUGUUUUGGAAUGUGAGUGUUAAGUGUUGUUGGUUUUUAUUAUGAUGUGGCAUUGUUCUAGCGUUGUGAUGGGUGACAGAUACUGCACAUUCUAAUAUAGGGUAAUUGCCCCAUAGAAGUGUAUUCUGUGUAUGUUCCAGGUGGUUCAGGUAAUAGUGAUGAUGGUUUUCCUUAUUAGGUCUGUGACUGUCAAUUUGGACAUACUGAAAAUGUAGCCUGACCUUUAGCCGUGGUCAGGAGUGGGGAGGGGAUAAGGAAUGAGCCUUUUCUGUAGAUUACAGUGCCUCCGUAGAGUUUUUUACACAUCUUCUUCUCCUACUUGCAAGGACAGUUUACUAAAACUUCAGCCCGGGGGAGUGUUUGUUUCUUCAGUAUGACAGGAUGGAGUGAGAGAGAGAGAGAGAGAGACUCUGUGACACCAGAUGGCCACUCCUGUUUUUGAGAGCCUUGAUCCUUAAAUAUAAACAACAAUUCCACCUGCUAUAAGUGAUAUGCUUCCCCAACCCCAGUCCCACUGAGGACUCAGGAGAGGUACUAGGGCUUCCUUGGGACCAUUUAAGCCAGAGAAUGAAGGUGGUCCCAUGGCCUGAAGACCAGAGGCUUAGACAGAGGCUCAGAUAGGCUUUCUGUUUUUAAAGUGAAUGAAGACCGCCCAAGUCCCCAUGUCACACAUUUGGUGGAAUGGUUUGAAUUGUUUUCUGUUACUAAGUACCUGAUCACAGCUCAGCUGCUGUCUCUGUAUCACCCCCUAUUGCUUCUGAUAUUUUCUCUGAUCUAGAUGGAAAUGGACAAGAUAGCAAAUUCUAUCUUUGCAAUGUACAAAGAAGAAGAAGAUGAAGGGGUGUGGGGAAAUACCUUUAAGCCAGCCUCACAGGGCAUUUGGCCCCAUCUUAAUAGAUUCUGAGACCUAAUAUACCUCUGAUGUUUCUUUUAGAAAUGUUUAGAGAUUCCUGCUCCCCACCCCAUCAUUUAUCAUUUUCUUUUUUCAUUUGCUUUUAAAUGACCACAUUAAGCCUAUUAACACAAACUCUGUUACUAUACAAUAAAUCAUCAAUUACUUUCACAACACAUUAUUUAAAUCUUUGAGUUAAAUAACCAAAUUGAAUUAAAAACACAGUGAUCUUUGUAUAUGAUUAAAUACAUUUUAUAUGUAAAAUUCUCUGCUACAUUUUACUUUAUAGGGUUCACUGAUAAUGGAUUAUAAAUCUCCAAUCAUUCUUACUCCUCAUGAGUUAAUUUUGUAUAAAUAAUUAAAUGGCUUGUUAGGUAAAUCUAGAGGCUAGACACUUAACACAGGUGUGGCCCUCCCAAGAGACAAUGUGUUACCAAGAAUGCUAGUUGCCUGGCAUAAUCCAAAGACAAGAAAAGCAGUUGCUUUCUCAUAGUUCUUUUAAAAGAUUGUUCAUUUUACUGAUGCUGUUUAAAAGCAAGUUGCAAUCCUCCGUGUGGAAGGAGACAUUUAUUGUGAUUAAUUAUCAGAUAAGCAGGCAAAGGUUCUGGGUUCUGGGCUGUUAGGGGUGCCUCCCUAACCCAGGGCUUAGUGCUCACAUUCCAAAAUUUCCAGGCUGCACAUGAUAAAAUCUGAAGCCCAGAAACUUUCCAACUGCUUGCUUUACUACAUAUAGUUUGGAAAGGACUAUAGGCAUGAUCAGGAAUUUUUGUUAACAUUAAUGGCUGCCCAGAGAGGAAGAAUCAAGGACGAGCCCCCUGGUUGGUUAUCUAAUCCCAAUUGGUCAGCGUUAAAUACUUCUAUACACAAGCAAUGUUAAAUGGACUCAGCAGGUUCUGUAUACAUACAUACAGUAUGUGUGUGUGUG